GGGGCGGGGCUUCUCCUGGGACCUGCCCACACGCACCACCACCCCUGCCUCUGAUGGGAGGCCAGGGCUCAGAUGAGCGCCAGAAACCACAAACCCUUGCUGGCCCCAAAGGAGCCAGCGCCUGACUUCCUUCUGCGACACUCUGUGCUGCAGACCUAGAGGGUCUGGUUACCUAGUGCAAGCUUCCCGCUGCUAGACACAGAUUUCUGCUGAUACCCAGUUCAGCUGGUGAGGCUAGAGCUGGGCUACAGCACCAGGGGUGGACCACUGCCCUCCCAGGCCUGCUCCAAGUGGCAUUAGGACCCUGCCAGGCGCAGGGACACUAACAGCUGGGAGAGCUCCCAGCAGUUAAGAUUGGCUGGGUAAUGCGAAUCAGGCCAGUGGGGGCAGGGCUCCUGGAAUCAAGAUCUGCAGCCCAGUUGGAGGCACCCCACCCCUCAUGUCACCUGGAGAAAAACUGGAUCCACUUCCUGACCCCUUCAUCCUGCAGCCGCCAGUCUUCCACCCGGUUCCAGGUGGACUUCCAGUGUGGCUGCAGCGUGCAUCCCCGGCCAGACAUCGCCAUCCACUUCAACCCUCGCUUCCACACCACCAAGCCGCAUGUCAUCUGUAACACCCUGCACGCUGGGCGCUGGCAAGCCGAGGCCCGGUGGCCCCGCCUGGCCCUGCAGAGGGGAGCCAGUUUCCUGAUCCUCUUUCUCUUUGCAAAUGAGGAAAUGAAGGUGAGCGUGAAUGGACAACACUUUCUCCACUACCGCUACCGGCUCCCACUGUCACGUGUCAACACCCUGGGCAUAUUUGGUGACAUCUUGGUGAAGGCUGUAGGAUUCCUGAACAUCAACCCAUUUGUGGAGGGCGGCAGCGAGUAUCCGGUUGGACACCCUUUCCUGCUGACGAGCCCCAGGCUGGAGGUGCCCUGCUCGCGUGUCCUUCGGGGUCUCUGGCCCGGACAGGUCAUCGUACUGCGGGGGCUGGUCUUGCCAGAGCCCAAGGAUUUCACUCUGAGCCUGCGGGAUGAGGCCGCCCGCAUCCCUGUGACUCUCAGGGCUUCCUUCACCGACAGAACUCUGGCCUGGAUUUCGCCCUGGGGCCAGAAGAAGCUGAUCUUGGCCCCUUUCCUGUUCUACCCCAGGCGAUUCUUUGAGGUGCUGCUCCUGUGCCAGGAGGGAGGACUGAAGCUGGCACUCAAUGGGCAGGGCCUGGGGGCCACCAGCCUGGACCAGCAGGUCCUGGAGCGGCUGCGGGAGCUCCGGAUCAGUGGCAGCGUCCAACUCUACUGCGUCCACUCCUGAGGAGAGAUCCAGGGGCACGCUAGGGAAGGAGGGCCAGCCCAUAGGAUGCCCCACAGAUGGCCCAGCUCUCCUCCCCUCAUUAAACUGCCACCUCUCACCACCACCCGAGUCUGCGGAGCUUUGGGCCCCAGAGAAGAGAGAAGGCCAGACUGCCAGGGCUCCUCGUGUGACGCCGCGCCCUCCACUAGGAGCCUGGGAUCGGGCUCCAUCCUCCUUCAGAGCCUAGAUAAGGAGGCAGAUCUUGUAGCCAAACAAGGACACUCAAGAAUACAGUGGCUUAAGGAAUUUAGACACUUAUUUUAUUCUCAUCUAACAGUUCUGGAGAAAAUGGUCCAGGGUGAAAUGCUGAGUUUUAACAUAUUUGUAGAUUUUAGUAACCCCACCACCACAGUCAGAACAUGUAACAGCCCCAUCACUCCAAGAACACCCUGGUGUUACUCCUUCGUAAUCACACCUCCUUGACCCCAGUGACCCAAAAAUCUGUUCUCCAUUACUACAUUUUUGUCUUUUUGAGAAUGUCGUAAGUGAAAUCGUACAGAAUGUGACCUUGUGAAACUGUUUUCUUUUUGCUCAGUAUUCUUUUGAGGUUAAUCUGAGAUGCUGUGUGUAUCAGUUACCCAUUUCUGUUUAUACUCAGUAGCAUUCCAUUGUACCACAAUUUGUUUACCAACUGACCCACUGAGGGAAUUUUUGAAUUGUUUUGAGUUUUUGGCAAUUAUGAAUAGAGCUACUAAAAACAUUGGUAUACAAGUCUUUGUAUGAACAUAACUUCUCAUUUCUCUAGGGUAAAUACCUAGUACUGGGAUUAUUGGAUCAUCUGAUAAAUGCAUGUUUAACUUUGCAAGAAACUGCCAAACUAUUUUCCAGAGUUUUAUUUUAUUAUUUCAGAAUGGGUUUACCAUUUUGCAUUCCUUCCAGAGCUGUAUGAGAUUUCCAACUGUUCUGCAUCUCUUUGUACUUACUACUGUCAGUAUUAUUUUUUUUGUCAGUUACUAGUCACAUUUUAUUUUGUUAUUUGUAUCAUGGGUACAUAAGUGCAUAUUCCUUAUUAAAGCUCCUUUCAGGGUUUUUGUUUUUUUUUUUGAGAGGGCAUCUCUCAUAUUUAUUGAUCAAAUGGUUGUUAACAACAAUAAAAUUCUGUAUAGGGGAGUCAAUGCACAGUCAUUAAUCAACCCCAAGCCUAAUUCUCAUCAGUCUUCAAUCUUCUGAAGCAUAACGAACAAGUUCUUACAUGGUGAACAAGUUCUUACAUGGUGAAUAAGUUCUUACAUGGUGAACAGUGCAAGGGCAGUCCUAUCACAGAAACUUUCAGUUUUGAUCACGCAUCAUGAACUAUAAACAAUCAAGUCAGAUAUGAUUAUUCAUUUGAUUUGUAUACUUGAUUUAUAUGUGAAUCCCACAUUUCUCCCUUAUUAUUUUUUUUAAAUAAAAUGCUGAAGUGGUAGGUAGAUGCAAGAUAAAGAUAAAAAGCAUAAUUUAGUGCUGUAAGAGGGCAAGUGUAGAUGAUCAGGUCUGUGCCUAUAGACUAAGUAUUAAUCCAAGCUAGACAAGGGCAACAAAACAUCCACGGAUGCAGAAGAUUUCUCUCAAAACAGUGGGUCAGUUUUUUUUAUUUUACCUAUCCCCAUUGGGGUGGAGGGGUACCUCGUUGUGGUUUUAAUCUGUAGUUCCCUGAGGCUGAAGAUGGUGAGCAUCUUUUCAUGCAUUAAAUUUGCCAUCCAUG